AGCCGAAGCACCAGUUCCAGUUCCCGCAGUCGGAGAGGGCCGGGCGCGCCCAGCCCCCAGCGCGCCGCGAUCAUGCUGUCUCGCCUGCUGAAAGAACACCAAGCCAAGCAGAACGAACGCAAGGAGCUGCAGGAGAAGAGGAGGCGAGAGGCUAUCACUGCAGCGACCUGCCUGACAGAAGCUUUGGUGGAUCACCUCAAUGUGGGUGUGGCCCAGGCCUACAUGAACCAGAGAAAGCUGGAUCAUGAGGUGAAGACCCUACAGGUCCAGGCUGCCCAGUUUGCCAAGCAAACAGGCCAGUGGAUCGGGAUGGUGGAGAACUUCAAUCAGGCACUCAAGGAAAUCGGGGAUGUGGAGAACUGGGCUCGGAGCAUCGAGCUGGACAUGCGAACCAUUGCCACCGCACUGGAAUACGUGUACAAAGGGCAGCUGCAGUCUGCCCCCUCCUAGCCCCUCUUCCCUUUCCUCUGCCCCGCCCCUCCUAUCUCCCCUGGGGCGGGGGGGGGGGGGCAGGAGACAAGAAUAAAACACAAGCCUCCA